AUGGCUCAUCUGGUCGUGGACGGCCUUGCUGCCAGCGAUGGCUCAUGGUCUUUGCCGAUUCUAGUCACGGAUAUGAAUAUCCAAAGGAAUCUCUAUGUUCGAGGUGAUCUUCACAUUGGUGGUCUUAUGAUGCGACUUGUUGAUGAAAUCGACGUUACAAGAGAUUGGUCCGAUCAUGCGUUAUGGUGGCCCGAAAAGCGCCGUUGGCUUCAGCAUACUCGAUCGACUCUGGAUCAAUGCGGUGUAACAGCCGAUACCAAGCUGGAAUUCACGCCAAUGCACAAAGAUGCGAGGCAGAUCAUCGAGGCUCGCCUGGAUUUUUCUGUUAACGCAUUUAAGGCUACCCAAAAACUCUGUCGUGAUUUGGGAAUCAGACACUCUGAAGAGUUAGGACUGAAGAGACUCAUUCCUCCCGACAUUCUUCGUAAAGGAACUUAUGAAGCCGAAAAUUCAUCGGGACCUCAGCCAAUUCGCCCUGGAGAGGAGUCCGUUGGUCCGAUGACCCUCAGAAAGGCCACUCCAAUCUUUGCCUCUCAAACUCAAAUUGAUGGACGUAUGCGCCGUGGACAAUCACCAGCCUUGUCCACGAGUGGGCACAUCUUCAAUGCUCAUGAGAUGGGCACUUUGCCGCGGCAUGGCACUCUUCCCCGUGGAGCAAGCCCUAGUCCAGGCGCUUACAACGUAACCAUGAGUCGUGUGCCAAUCAUGCCCAGCAUCAGUUUCUGCGAAGGUCUCGAAAAUGAGCAGUUUGAUAUGGCUCUCGUGCACACUCCACGCCAGGCUGCUAAUCGAGACAUGGUUGUUUUCCGUCCACAAAAUUACGUCGAAAAAGCCGCAUUGAAUAGAGGCUGGCUAGAUUCAAGCAGGUCUUUGAUGGAGCAAGGUGUGUUUGAGGGUGACAUUGUGCUAUUGCGCUUCAAAUUCAUGACCUUCUUUGACCUCAAUCCAAAGUACGACCCGGUGCGUAUAAAUCAACUAUACGAGCAGGCGAAAUGGUCUAUUCUGUUGGACGAAUUUGAUCACACCGAAGAAGAAGCCACGUUAUUUGCCUCUUUACAGCUGCAAGCAACACUUCAACGAGAUUCUCCCGAGCCUGAAGGACCUGUUAAGGACGACGUAGAUAUGAUGUUGGACGAGUUGGAGCAAAAUCUAGACGCUGCCGCUCUUGGUCGCCGAUCUGACCUUAUGCAAGUGCCAGAGCUUGCAGAUUAUCUUAAAUACAUG